CACAUUUUCAAAGACGUAAUGAUGAUGCUUUUCUCCUUUUUCCAAACUCAACACCUUCUGAAACAGCCAAUGAACCCACAUCAUUCAUCAAUCACCACCUACAAAACACCCACAAUGAUCCUUGUUUCUCUCGUCGUCAUCCACCUCACAAUCACAGUCACUUCAAGUUCACUCACCGGAAAGAUUAUGGACGUCACUACACCUAUAACAACAGUUCCGACCAUAACUACCGGAAACCCAAACCCAACUACGCAACCCAAAACGACAACCUCCCCAGUAUCAUCAACUUCAUCUGCAGGCCGAAGCUGGUGCGUUGCAACCCAAUCUGCUUCACGAACGGCAUUACAAGAGGCUUUGGAUUACGCUUGUGGUCACGGUGGCGCUGACUGCUCGGCGAUUCAGCAGGGUGGUGAGUGUUACAAUCCUGACACCCUGCGCCACCAUGCUUCUUACGCGUUCAAUAGUUAUUAUCAGAAGAAUCCUGUCCCAAGUAGCUGCAAUUUUGGUGGCACUGCGAUUACGACGAGCUCUGAUCCAAGUGGGAUGAGAGGAAAUCGCAGAUGAACUUAGUUCUCUGCGAUUUCAGGCUAAGAUUGGGGUAUUUAUACGGAAAAAAAAACACAUGCGAACGUACAAGUCGCUAGAGCAUGACUAUGCUUUAGCGACUUGUACGUUCGCAGAUGGAAUGUUAAAAUCGCAGAUGGGC